AUGGGUUUCGAGGCGAUUUGGAGGAUGUGGAUCAAGGGAUGCAUUCAAAAAAUUCCUUUUUAUGUUUUGGUGAAUGGGAGCUCUUGCGGUAAAUUCACUAGUGAAAAAGGUCUUCGCCAAGGGGAUUCUUUAUCGCCUUUCAUUUUUUUGCUUGUCUCUGAAGUCCUGAAUAUUAUGUUUUCUAAGGCUCUUGUGGCUGGUAAACUGGGUGGUUUUGCAGCUAAAACUGGUGGUACCUCCGUUGGUCAUCUGCAAUUUGCCGAUGACACGUUGGUUUUUCUUGAUGCGGACAUCGAGCAAGUUCGUUUCUUGAAGUACAUUUUGCUCUCUUUUGAGUAUGUCUCAGGUAUUAGCACUAACUUUAACAAAUGCAGUCUGUUUGCUGUUGGGGAAGUUGUUCACUUGGAUGAUAUGGCUUCUGUCUUGGGCUGUUCUUGCGACUCUUUUCCCGCUAUUUAUUUAGGUCUUCUUCUUGGGGAACAUACCUUAUCCAAGUCUAAGUGGGACAAAGUUAUAGAAAUUUGCAAAGCUAGGCUUUCGUUUUGGAAGAGGAACUCUCUAUCUAAAGCUGGUAAGCUUACUCUAAUCAAAAGUGUGCUUCUUAGUUUGCCUAUUUACUAUUUUUCGUUUUUCUUGGCGCCAAAAUCGGUGGUGAAUAAAAUUGAGAAGAAAAUUAGGAACUUUUUAUGGCAUAGUUCAGCUGAUAAAAAGAAUGUGACUUGGGUUGGGUGGUCCAAGGUCAGCAAACCUCUGGAUCGAGGUGGCUUAGGAAUUAGAAAACUUAGUAUUGUUAAUAAGUCUCUUCUGAAAAAGUGGUGGUGGCGGCUUGGGAGGGAGAGGGACUCUUUAUGGGCCAAAAUUAUAUUAGACAAGUAUGAUUUCACUGACUUGGGGUGGCGGUCUAAAGUUCCUAGUAAUGCUCAUGGUGUUAGUUUGUGGAAAAAUAUUUCGAAAGUUGCUGAUGAUUUUCUUCAUUCAAACUCAGUUCAAGAUAGGUAG